AUGAAGCUCAGUAUUGGCACAGCAAUCCUUAUGGCAUUCAUAUCAAAUCAAGCUUUUGGCUUAAUGACUCACAGUGUCAAGAGCAAAAGAGCCAUGAGACCGGCUGACAAAGCUUUGGUCAAAUCCAUUGACAUUGCGGAGGAAUUUCGUUGUCCAACGUGUCGCGGGAAAGAUAAAUGUUCAUGUGACCGCCCCAAAUCUACUUGA